AUCAGAGGCACUUUGAAGCUGCCCAUGGGCAAGCAGCAUGACUCCAACGCUUUGUUUUCUUUCUAGGUUUCAUCAGCUAAAUUCUCGAGUAAAGUUGCUACUAACGCUAACGUUUGCAGGCGUUUCUACAGCAUUGUCAGCUCUCUCAAACGCAAAUAACGUUAUUGUCUACCCAUCCCAUUACGUUGCUUUAGCUCCUACUCAACAAAUUCGAUUCCAAUGUUACUACAAAGGAAAGCCUUCUGUCGAACAUCCAACUUAUUGGAUUCAUAACGACGAAGUGUUACAAUGCAAUAAGCAGAAACGUCUCAUCGGCUGUAGAGACACUCUCAUACUAUCUCAAUUUCGUUUUUCUGAUUCUGGUCGCUAUUACUGUUACGUCAAUGAUACAAAACAAUUGUCAGUAGGCGAGACAGAAAUCAGAGUUCCAGUGGAAUUCGAGACAACAGGUGUUACAAAUAUGUAUGUAUCAUAUUUACACGUAAACGAAUCCCUUCCUAUCUUGCUUAAGUGUCCCGUAACCGAGUGGUCAUAUCCAAGACCCUUCGUGGUAUGGACAAGGCAAGGAAAAGUGUUAUCAGCUGGAGCUACUUAUCAGUAUGUGAUAAGUAAUGUGAGUCAACUAGGCAAAUUAGAAUGUCUAGCGUACAACGGUUAUGGAGGACCAAAGAUCAAACGUUUCAAUCUUAUGGAAGGAAAUAAUGCAAACAUCGUAGACACAAAUCAUUCAUUUGACAACGAAAUUUUAGAUGGCAAUUCUUCUUUUGAUGCUUCUAGUGUUGUUCCGUCAUUUGCAGACACAAAAACUUGUAGUGCGUUUGUCUAUCUAGUGGUAACUGUCAUUGUCGUAUUUACUAUGAUUUAGUGCAAAUCUAUAAUACUGGCAGCUUGUUCUUAGGUAAUUAAUAUAUUUAAGCAUUUUUCUGGACGCUAUCUUUAACUUUUAGCUAUUGAUUCAUAUUUCUUAAAAUUAAUAUAUGUAUUAUCGAAAAUAUAAAAUUUAGAA